UUUGUGUUAUAAUUUUUUAAAGGUUCAGAGCAAACGAAGGAUGCGAUGUGAGAUCGUAUCGAGGAGAAAUUCUACACGACGAUGAACAAGAACGGCUCCUAUCGUACCCGGGACCAACUCACUUCCAAAUGGAGUCACAUCAACUGUAAAGUCCGAAAGUUUAUCAAAGUUUACGAGGAAUGCGCCUGGUCCCGGAGGAGCGGGACGAACGACACUAACGUUCUCCGGCUUGCCACGACCCAGUAUCAAGAUGACGGGCACCAAGGCAAGGUGCCUAUCGAUCUUUGGAGGAUUUUGAGCCGUUCCCCGAAGUGGCAACAACUCAACAAUCCCGACGGCGAACCGUCAAAGAAAAGAUCCUCUGUCAACACCGAGGUUGUGGUCGACGACACUAUCAAUUCGUCUGAACAAAUGCUUCUCUUCAACAUUGUGAAUAUCGAUCUUUGGAGGAUUUUGAGCCGUUCCCCGAAGUGGCAACAACUCAACAAUCCCGACGGCGAACCGUCAAAGAAAAGAUCCUCUGUCAACGCCGAGGUUGUGGUCGACGACACUAUCAAUUCGUCUGAACAAAUGCUUCUCUUCAACAUUGUGAAUUCCAAUGACAAGGACCCCAUUCCACGGCCAAUCGAAAGAAAGAAGGCAAAAUUCAUUGUCUCAGGUUCUGGAGGGUUCGGCGAUGUUUCCAUUUCUUCUCGCAACGAUAUCAGUCGGGCAAUGAGUGAACAACUUCAGGCGUUCAAUAUUCGAGAAAAAGAGAGGAUGAAGCGAAAGGAGCAAGAGGACGAGAUCAAAAUCAGGGAAACCAACCUUUCUACGUUAUCAAGUUUCAAACGGAUGAUCUACGAGCAAAGACAAAAAGAAAUCAAGGCAAAAUAUAAUUUACCUUAGUUUUUUUAUUAAUGUAUCUUUUUUAUUAUUGUUGCUUUCUUUUUUUUAAUUUGAUGAAUGUAAUUUUUUUAAAUUUUAAAUUAUUGUCGUUUCAAUUUCCUUAAAUU